CAGGUGAUGAGCAUCCUGAGCAACCCCAGCGGGGUUCCUCCACAACCCCAGGCCGACUUCUCCAUCUCUCCCCUUCACGGUGGCUUGGACACCACCAACUCGAUCUCUGCCAGCUGCAGCCAGCGGAGUGACUCCAUCAAGUCCGUGGACAGCCUCCCGACUUCCCAGUCCUACUGUCCUCCCACCUACAGCACCACCAGUUACAGUGUGGAUCCAGUGGCUGGCUACCAGUAUGGACAGUAUGGACAAACUGCUGUUGAUUAUUUGGCCAAGAACGUGAGUCUGUCUACACAGCGUAGGAUGAAGCUGGGAGAACAUUCAGCUGUUCUGGGUCUCCUACCAGUAGAGACAGGCCAAGCUUACUGAAGAGUCCGACUGUGCCAACAACCCGCUCCAGCAACUUGGUGCCACUGGAGAAAACACCACCAGCCUUCCAGGGAUCUACCCGUACCCGGACCCUACUCCUUCCUAAAUCCCUUCCACCUCACACCAACUUGAGCUGUGAAGGAGACGGGAACAAGGGGGAGGGCUCUCCAAGUAUCCAGCUUCUCCCAGAGCACUCUUCUCAGAGGCAAGCCUGGCCUCUGCGACCUGACUCCUCCUGUGGCCAGAGACAACGGGGUUGGGUACAUUUAUUAACCCUGAGUCCAUGCCCUCCCUCUAACCUACCUGGCCAUGGCAUUUUGCCCUCGCUUAAGGACUUUCCAUUGAUCUAGGUAGUUGGCAUAGUCAAAGCCAAAUUGAUUUUUUUUUUCCUUUGUAAAAAAAAAAA